UUCUCAACAUCAAUUUUUAAUAAAACAAUGGAUUUCAAUAAUCAUCAUUUUAAAAGGUCAUGACGGGUGCAGCUUUUGACCAAAAAUGUAGCACAAAUAGUACUUUUCCAAAAAUAUCGAAUCUGUAGGAGUUAAGAUUGAGGAGGCGAGAGAAAAUGUUGAUCUUCCGUAUUACGUAGAUACCACAAUUGGAACUCUUUUUUAAGUACGACCUGUAGUUAAUAAUCGAGUGCAUGCCCGAGGAAGUUAUAGAAAUCAAAAAUGUAUUCCUUUUCAAAACUCCUUUUCUCUGCAUGCUCCGGAUGCUCAGCGCUAAGGACGCCCUAGCCACUCAAAUAAAGUCCGUUUAUCUUUUGAAUCAAGUUCGUUCAUAUUUUAUAUAUGUAGCAUUGGCUUGUUUAUUGUGUAAACGCUGACUGUGCAACAACAAAAAACGUAGCAUAACAUUUCGGGACAUUGUGUUUUUGUGGAACUUUGUGUGGUUUUACUAUUGGGUUGUUUGUAUGCUUUUCUAUCUGUUACUCUUUUUCACACGAUCAUUUACGUUAUGAUCCGAAGAUUGGAACUAAAAAAAAAUUCGUAAUCAAAAGCAGAAUAUUUUUCAUUGAUAAACAUCGGCAGCCAGUUAAAAAGAGAACCCACCGAUAACGAGCAAAUUGCGUAGAUAAUGAAAGUUAACAAUAUUUUGCCCUUUGAUAAUAGUUUGCUGCAAAUCACGAUUUCUCUCCGACAAGUCGAGGAUAUUUCAAAAGAAAUCGUAACAAAAGCUGAGGUAACAGGGAACAAUGAAAUUAUUUGGGCUCUAAAAGCCCUAACUUUAAUUGAUUUGACUACAUUGUCUGGUGACGACACUCGGGCUAAUGUACAGCGCUUAUGUCUUCGCGCAGCUCAUCCUUUCCCGUCGUCAUUGUUGGAAACUAUGGUCGAUGCAACACUUCAUAAACAGUUGCAUGUCGCAGCUGUUUGCGUUUAUCCGGCUCGUGUGAAAGAUGCUUAUGAAACAUUUGAGCAAUUAAAAUGUGUUGAUGACAUUUCCAUAGCAGCCGUGGCUACUGGCUUCCCCUCCGGUCAGUAUAGCUUAAAAACUCGUUUAGAAGAAAUUACUUACGCCAUUGCCUGCGGGGCUAGAGAAAUAGAUAUUGUUAUCAAUCGUCAAUUAGCUCUAACGAAACAGUGGGAAGCUCUUUACGAGGAAGUAUGCCAAAUGAGAGUGACUUGCGGAGAGAAGGCUCAUAUGAAAACUAUUUUGGCUGUUGGUGAACUCGGUUCCAUGGAAAAUGUAUAUAAAGCUGCCAUGGUUUGCAUGAUGGCUGGCGCUGAUUUUAUAAAAACUUCUACAGGCAAGGAGACCGUCAAUGCUACCCUACCGGUAGGCUUAGUAAUGAUUUGGGCUAUAAGAGAAUUUAAGCGGAAAACCAAUCAAAUAGUAGGACUAAAACCAGCUGGAGGGGUUCGUACGGUUCGCGAAGCCAUUUCGUGGAUGAUUUUGGUCAAAGAAACCUUGGGCGUAGAAUCGUUGCAACCGUCAUUAUUUCGCUUCGGCGCAUCAGGACUUUUGGAUGACAUUGAUAAAGUUGUGCGUAAAAGCUCACUCUGCAAAUCAUAAUAACUUUUACGGCAUUCGGUCCAAUUAACAUCGCUCACGUCUAGUGAAAGUGAUGAAAAUACACAUAUUUUUUUUUUUUAUAUACAAUCAAGUUUUUAAUAAAUUAACAAUCAUUCCAAAGUCUA